AUGUCUGGAGAUAUUUCAGAACAUAUAAACAACAGAAGCGAAAAUAAAAAUAAAUAUAUAAAUAUAAUAAAAAUUAUUCAGCAUAGAGAAAAAUAUAAGGUAAAUUCUUUGAAUAAUAAUGAUAUAUUUAACGAUACAAUAAAAUCAAUAAGUGAUUCAAAUAUUCAUAAUAAUAUAAAACAAAAGAUAUCAAAAUAUAAUUAUGAAGAUUUAGAAGAAGAAAAUCAUACAUUUUUCAACUCUCUAAAUAAUAUAAAUAGUAUAUCUAAAAAUAUUUUAUAUGGUUGUAGUUCUUUUGACUUUUCUAAUAUUUAUUUAAAAAGAGAUUAUUUAUCAAAUUCAUCAAAAAAUAGUGCUAAGACAAAUGAAAAACCUAACAAUGAAAAUCUUAGAGAAAAUAAAUGUACAGAAAGGGGAAAAAAUAAAUACUUCAAAAGUGUAAGUGAAAAUAACUAUUCAUUUUUAAAAAACGAAAAUUUAUACACGCUUUUAGGAAUGAAAAGUGGUAAUAGUUUAAAUUCAUACAAAGAUAUCUUUGAUAAAAGCUACAGUACAUUCAAUGAAAAUCUUUAUCCAUUUAAAAAAAAUACUUAUAAUUCUAUUCUUCAAAAAAAUGGAGUUUUAUAUAAUGAAUUUUAUGAAAAAAGUUAUACUACAAUACAUCCGAAAUAUAACUUUAAAAAAAAAAAAUCAAUAAAGAGUAAAACGUUUAAAUUAGAGAAAAAAAAAACAAAUUAUUAUAAACAUAGAAUAAAAAGUACAAAUAAAAUAUAUUAUAAAAAAGUAAAAUAUAAAAAAAAAAAGCAAAAAGAUAAUUUAGAAGAAAAAAAAAAAAAUUUUAAUGGAAAUAUUUUUUUUAGUCCAAUAUUUAACAGUUCAUAUAUUUAUGAAUCCCUCUCUACAUCUAAAAUAAAAUUUUUAAAAGAAGAAAGAAGUUUAAUUAAUGAAGAACAUGAUCGUGAAGAAUAUAUUAAAUGUAUUUUUCUUUCUAUUAAAAGACAACAAAAAAAAGUUGAUUUUUUAGAAAAAAAUGCAGGGCAUCUAUUAGAUUUAAUAGAACUUUUAUUAUAUAAAAGAAUGAAAGAAAUGUUUCUUUUCAAAAAAAAAAUUUGCAGUAAAGAUAAAUAUAAAUCAAUGUUCCCUGAUAUUUUUUAUUUUAACAACAAUGAUGAUUUAAUAGAAACAAUAGACAAAAAAUUGAAGUUUCUACCUAAAGUCCCAGCAAAAGAAAAUUUAACUUCAUAUUAUGGUCCAUCCUCUUUCGAAAUAUUCGGAAAAUAUUAUUCUUCAUAUAAAUAUGAUUAUAAAUUAAUUAAAGUAGAUGUUAAAUUAUAUAAAUAUUCAGACAUAUUUACUAAUUCAAAUAUAUUUUAUGACAAAGAAAUAAAGUCUAACUAUUCUUUUGAAUUGUUAAAUUAUUAUAGAAAAAAAGAAAAUGAUUCAAAUAAAAAUGUUAGAAAGGCAAAAAAAAUUGUCAUACCAAAAAAAAGCAUAGCUCCAUUUUGUAACUUUAUGUAUAAAAUAAAUUCAAAUAAAAAAGAUAUAGAAAAAACAGAAAAAGAAAAAACAUGUUACGUAAAAGUAAAGGAAAUACCUGACGAUUUAAUCGAAGUUUUAAAAUAUAAAAAUAUAACUAUUACAUAA